AUGGACAUUGACAAGAAAAUACAGAAACCAAACGCCUACUUUGAAACCUUACCAGAGCCAGAUCUGCCGAAAUAUGAAUUUGUUACCGGAAACGGGGAUAUUACUUCCCGUAGCCACGCAAUGAAAUCAUAUUGGAGGGACAGGAAGAUUGAACAGCGACGCCAAAAAGACACAAGACCUACCAAACCAAGUUUGCGACCACUGUUAUCCAGCGGGGCUCGAAGGAAGGACGAAAGAAAUUGUCCCAAUCAGUUUCAAUUUCAACCAACAGAAGAUACUUCCUCGCAUCUUCAGAACCCCUUUAUUCCCAACAGCAAUACACCAGUACCUGGUAUUCCUGAGCAGCUUCUUUCUGGCAUCAGAUUUGCAUUAUCUCCAAGUCUAGGCCAGGAAGCUAAAUUUCGCUCCAUUCAAAUCUCAGCACAUCAUCAUCGGCAUUUUUAUCAUUGGCUCAGUAUGCAUGCUGAUGCCCUACAUUCAGGACUAAAAUUCACCCCGUUCAGAGAUAUUUGGUUACCGCUCGACCUAUCAAAUGCUGCAUCAUUUAAUGGAAUCUUAGCCCAUGCAGCUGCAGACCUCAAUGGACGGAGAGAAGAUGCGGCAAACUCAGAGACCUUGAAAUUCAAAACCGAAGCCAUAGCAACAAUCAAUUUAUGGCUUAGCACUUCGCCAACUGCGAUCAAAGAUGAGGUCUUCGCUGGCGUCGUGCGACUUCUCACGUUUGAGGUCUGUUGA